GUGAAGUUUGUGUUCAAAAAGCAUUAUGCCUGAACCAGCAAAGUCCGCGCCUAAGAAGGGCUCCAAGAAGGCCGUCACGAAGACCGCCGGUAAGGGAGGAAAGAAGCGCAAGAGGUCCAGGAAGGAGAGUUAUGCUAUCUACGUCUACAAAGUCCUGAAGCAGGUUCAUCCUGACACCGGCAUCUCUUCCAAGGCGAUGGGCAUCAUGAACUCUUUCGUCAACGACAUCUUCGAGCGCAUCGCCGGUGAGUCGUCUCGUCUCGCUCACUACAACAAGCGCUCCACCAUCACUUCUAGAGAGAUCCAGACCGCCGUGCGUCUGCUGCUGCCCGGAGAGCUGGCCAAACACGCCGUGUCCGAGGGCACCAAGGCCGUCACCAAGUACACCAGCUCCAAGUAGAGAUUCAACCGAGACUCAACAACCCAAAGGCUCUUUUAAGAGCCACCCAUAUUUUCAGUUAAAAGAAACUAUUUCUGUUUCGGCAAUUUUAGUUGGCUUAAGUUUGCCGGUCUUUAUUUUUGGGGGUUCACAUGAGUAUUUUGAAAGUUUGGAUUUUAGGGAGUUAAGUCAAUCCACAAAAUGUUUUGCUACAAGAGCUUAAUUAGGCUAGUUUAAUGUAAAAAGGAUGCUCUAAUUUUGUGUAAAGAUAUAUUAGAUUUGCGUUUCUUAAAACUACCAUAAAAUGAAAGCUACUUUAGUUCUUGUAACUUGUUUUUGCCUUUGAGAUAUUUUUUAUAAAAUGUUUAUUUCUAGUAACAUGAUAAACUUCAUUACUAUUAACCUUGAAAUGUUUAAUCAAUGAAGCACAAUGUUUUACCAGAUGUAAGUUUGUCUUGUUCCUGCAAAUAAUGGUUUCAGUGAAGAAAAACUAUUCCAAAGUAAUAAGUAUGAAACUGAAGAAUAUAAUUAAACCUUCAGCGUUUUAAAGUUUGUUACAUUUAUUUGCAACUUUAAAAAAAAUGGUAACAUUAAAAAAUGGAAUGUUC